UGGUGUAUAGUAUUGUGUAGCAAACCAAUCGAUUCUAUUGUUUUGUGUUGGUUUAGUCUUUGUUUUAAGUUUUAAAAAAAAUGGAUGUCUUAGCUAAAAAGAUUGCCACGGUCACAUGCUCAGGGGAGAUUGUAAAGUGUAUGCAGGGAUCUCCAGAUCCAUGGGCUAAGGCUCAGGUUUAUGUGACCAGGGCAAUUCAGGAAAAAUGUAUGUCGAAGUCAAAAGGGAAAAGUGCAUUGGUUUUUGCUGCCUGCUGGAUAGCAGAACAGUAUAAAACUCUAGCGAUGCAGAAAGAGAAUCUGGAGGGAAAGAUUCUUUAUUUGAAUGAUACAAUAGAUUCUCUAAAAUUUUCUGUUGAAAAUGCUGCUGCUAUUUCCAUUAGCAACCAGCAAACAAUGGCAGAAAACAAGAAGGAGAUUGAGCAGCUCAAACUGAGAGAUGCAGAGGGCACCAUUAAAAGUUUGGUUGCAACCUCAACCAGUAAUGUAGGGGCUGAUAAUUCAAAAUGUAUUUUGGAGAUUCAAGGGUUAAAAACUUAAAAAGUUAGGAGCAAGAAGUCCUGUAUCAGUGGUUAAUGGGCAGAAUAAUACUAAAAAGGUUAGAGAUCUGUCUGUUAAUGAAAGCAGUAGGAAAUGUGAAACUGGUGAUGGAAAGUGAAGGUAAUGUGACUAGUUUAGAAUGUACUAGUCAUGCCAGGCCUUCUAAAUUGAUUUCUAAUUGUGCCGAGCACAGGACUGAUAAACUGAAAGACAACAGUCCAGGAAAACAGGUUUCUAACCCCCUGCAAUCUAGAAAACAGCAUAACAAGGAAAGGGUGUCUGCGAUACAGGCUUCUCACCCUGCAAAACAGAAUUGUAACAAUUCAGUUAAAAAACAUACAGAAAAGAAAGUGUUUAGGUGCUAUGUGUGUUCCAAAGUUGGGCACAUAGCGAGGUACUGUACCAUGAAACACUAUUAUUGGGAUAAUAAUAAUUGGUACAAUGAAAGAGAGAAUUGGAAUUCCUCUAGGUGGGGAUUUCAAAAGAAAAGUAGGAAUGGGAAUUCAUGGAUCCCAUAUCAGGUUCUUAAAACUCAGAAAGAAAGGCUGAGUGCAGAGAACUCCCAUCUCCAAAAGGCAUGGGGAGCAUUUAAAAAAGAGUUGGAAAGUAUCCAAUUAGAACUUUCUCAAAUUAAAGCAAGAAGGGCUAAUGAGAAUAGAGGAAAACAAAAUGUGAAUAUGCCCUAACUUUUUCCCUUCACCAAGUUUAUAUUUUACAGAAUAAACAAGGAUUCAAGAUUAUGUAAAGGAGAAGUCCGUGCCUUACCCUGUCCUGUGGAAAAAAAAAAUUAUAGAGGACCUUAUUUAUUUGCUUUUUUUUUUCCUUUUUACACAGAAGGAGAAGCCUCUAAAUUGGUUUGGUACAGUCAGGUUAUACAAAUUCAAAAACAUUUUUGGGUUUUAAUAGUUAGAAUGACCUGUACUGUGAGGAGUAAAAUGGUUGCUGCUUUAGUUUAGUAAGAGAGUAAAAAUCACUGAGGCACAAUUUGAAUUUUAUUUUUGAUAUCAUUUGCCUGAGUUAGAUUUUGUUUUUUUUUUUACUCUUUGUGUUAGCAGCAACGUGUUUGUGAAUUUUUUACAUAGAUUGCAUGCUGCUUGAUAACCUCGAUAUGUGUUAUGUGUUUCUGUAUCAAAGCAGUAUUCAGUCUACAGUUUUUUUUUCCUCCAAAGUUUGUCUUUUGUAUAGUUACCAAUCUGGUUUCUAGUACUUUGUUUAUGUUUAUGGUCUGUCUGUCCAAAACAACAAACCAGCUAGGCCUAACAAUGAUGCUCCUUACAUCUAUGUUGCUCUAUUUCAGAUGAUCAGGCAGGAAACUGAGGGGGAAAUACUGAGACAAAGAUGACAAACAUCUCACUAGUGAUUGGGCUCAGAUAGUGCUGCACACUUUAGUGUAGUAUAUCUGUUUAAUUUCCUGAAGUCAGUAUUGGUUAUGGUCACACCUAUCCAUGAAUUGAGGUGCUUUCAGCUUUGCUGAUUAAUAAAAUGUGCCGCAGAGAUUCUCACCCUACCCCACAAUAAUAAAGGAUUUUCCCUGUGUGGUCUCAUUCAUAUGGUAACCGUGGUAAGCAAAAUGUGUUGGGUGUUGCAAACACCAAAGUUUAAAGGCCAUGGGUUACUGCAGGGGCCCGAGAUGGGAUCCAGCCCAGACAUGGGUGGAAUAGUGUCACGUGGGUAAGUGGUGUGUACAGCGCACAGACAAUACAGCAAAGUAAGCUGGAAACAAAGCCUCUAAAAGUGUGUGGGAUUUUCUAACUGGCAGAAGGGUUCAAAUUAUGAGUAUGAACUGUGAGUGUUUUUAUAAUUAGGUUAAAUAUUACCUCACAGUACCUUAAAACUUAAGCAUGUGUGAGUGUUAUAUAAUUUGGGUCUCAGUAAUCCUUUCACUUUCAGCACAGAUACAUAUUAUACAUUAAUGGGUAUCCCUGAAUGUUAUACCUUUUUGUAUUUAGAGGGCUCUUUCCUUGUGAAGUCCUUCGCCCUCUAGGUGGGGAUUUGUAAGAAAUCGUGUAUCUUGGGUGCCAUUAUUUAUGAUAUAUAUAUAGAUAUAUAUAUGUGUGUGUUAGAGGGUAGCUCUAAUGAUUAAUAUAAACCAGUCUUUCAAGUUACACCCGAAGCCAAAUCUCCAUAUCUAAGGGUUUUUCUGUGGAUGGUGGGACAGUACGUCUGCGAGAAACCAUAAAACUCAGUUACUGAACAAUGGGCAAGGUGUGGUUUUUAUCAACCCCCAUCUGAUCAGUUGGUAUGUGGGGGGCAGUGGCUGAAAGGUGCAUAAAUGUGGGCUGGACAGUGGUCAGGGGGGCAACCUGGUGGAGCAACCUGGGAAAAGAACCUGAGGGAAGAACCUGGGGAGAACUGGAUCAGGAGUGACCGGGCAGGAUGUGAGACAGACCACAGAGGAGGCCAUGGCUAAAGGGAAGAAACCAGACCAUCAUGUUCUUUGUAUAUUGGUUGUCAAAAAGGCUGAUAUGAUAAACAAGAACAUGGUUCAACAGGUCCAGGCGGAGAGGGACGCACUUGCUCUGAGCAAAAGUCCUUUUAUUGUCCAUUUAUACUAUUCACUUCAGUCUGCCAACAACAUAUACCUGAUUAUGGAGUAUCUCAUUGGUGGGGAUGUGAAGUCUCUUCUCCACAUUUAUGGAUACUUUGAUGAAGAGAUGGCAGUUAAAUAUAUUUCUGAAGUUGCACUGGCUCUUGAUUACCUGCACAGACAUGGAAUAAUUCACAGAGACCUUAAGCCAGAUAACAUGUUGAUCUCCAAUGAGGGGCACAUUAAACUGACAGACUUUGGCCUUUCUAAAGUGACCCUUAAGCGAGAACUUAGUAUGAUGGAUAUCUUAACUACACCAUCUAUGGCCAAGCCUAAGCGCGACUAUUCACGCACCCCAGGACAAGUGCUUUCUCUUAUAAGCUCUUUGGGUUUUAACACACCAGUUGGUGGAAGAACACAAGGAUCUAUCGCUCAGCAGACUGAAGGAAUGCGUGGAAAUGCAUCAACUCCCCUUCUGAUGAAAAAGAAAGAAAAUUCAGUGAAAGGCAAUAAGCUGAUGAUAUCCUGCCCCGAAGCUGGUUUGUCCAGUCCUAGCAUGCCGGUGAAAUGUUUGACACCCAACCUUCUCAAGUGCAGAACCCCCUUCACUACAUCCAGCACAAGCAGCCAGUCGCGUAUCUGUCUGUCCAGCUUGGAGUCCGAGUGCGGAAUGAGUCCUAGAUGGGAAAACUGCAGCCAGGAUGCAGAGGCACCUCCAUACUUGAACUCCAGCCGGGUAAAGGACUGCUCGUCAGAACAGGCAAGGAGCAAGAAACCUAUGGGCAGCUCAGCCUCCCAGAAUCUGAAGCAUUUGGAAUUUGCCUUCUCCCCAAUUGUUGACCGUAGAACUGGGAAGAAAGCAGGCUUUCAGGAUGAGACUGGGGAACUGAGUGACACUCCGCUUGCCACUCUUGGUGUCAAAGGUGUCAUUAGGAAAUGCCUCUAUGACAAUAAUGCACAGGAGAAACAUAAAGAUUUAGGCAAGGAUGAUCAGGGAGAACUGGAAAAACUGACCAUCUCUCCUGAUUCUCCCCCUUGGUUAGCUAAUGGCUCUGUAGCACCCAUACAAUUUAAUGAUGAUGAGAUCAUUGAAAAGAUGGGGAUUAAACGGAAUUACGAUUUGGUGGAAAAGAGCCCUGAACAGGAAGUUCUUCAGGAUAAAAAGACUAAUACAGACUAUAAACGUGGCUGUACAAUAACAGGUUAUCCAGUUUCUCAGAGCACAGGCCUAACCAUGGAAAUUAAUUCGCUCUUCCUUUCUGAACUCAGAAGCAGCACCAAUAAUUACGCUAGUGACAGAAAGUCUGAGGAUGACUACAUAUCUGCACCUCGUACCCAUGAAAAGUUAGGAUCUGGGAACACAAUAGCCAAGAAUUUGCUUUGUGAGCUUGAUGAUAAUUGUGAACGGGAUGGUGAGGCUAAUUCGAACUCUGGGUGCGAGGAGGGGGAGAAUCAGAAAGAGAGUCUGAAUCAGGAUUCGGAAUCUUCUUCCGCUGACAUGUCCGUAACUGAAAACCAGAUAGAAAGGGAGCUUUGCCAAGUGGAUAAGAGCAUAAAAGAACUUUCCUUUGAGGAGUCGCCAAGUGAAAGCAAUGAGGAGACCACACCUGAGAACAAAGGCAUGGCAUUCAUGGCUGAAAAUGAUGCGCUGAAACGCGAACCAAAUAGAAGCGUUUUGCCUGAAUCCUUACAUAAUGUAUUGGCUUCUCCUGCUCCAACUAGUGCAAUGGCGCACCCUAGGAGAAAGCCCAUGGUAGCUUUCAGAAGUUACAACAGCCCCAUCAAUGGCUCCAACCUGUCAGAACCUUCCAGAAUUAGUAUGAACUCUGCAGACAAAAUCCACUUUUCUUUGGGCUGCACUGGCUCCUUCCCCAUGGCUGUUACUCCAGCUCAAAAGAAAGUCCAGGGUCUUACAGAGACCCCUUAUAGGACCCCGAAGACUGUAAGGAGAGGGGGAUUACAGGCUGAAAAUGAGAGGAUCCUUGGAACCCCAGAUUACUUGGCACCUGAGCUGCUUCUUGGAAAGUCUCAUGGUCCUGCAGUCGACUGGUGGGCUCUCGGGGUUUGCCUUUUUGAGUUCCUAACUGGUAUUCCCCCGUUUAACGAUGAAACUCCAUCCCAAGUCUUCCAGAAUAUAUUAAACAGAGACAUUCCUUGGCCUGAAGAAGAAGAGACCCUUUCAGUCAAUGCUCAGAGUGCAAUAGAAAUUCUCCUGGCCAUCGACCAAACCAAGAGAGCUGGGCUGAAAGAUUUAAAGGCCCACCAUCUCUUCCACGCCAUUGAAUGGGACGACUUGCAGAACCUGCCUAUGCCCUUCAUUCCACAGCCCGACGAUGAGACAGACACAACCUACUUUGAAGCCAGAAACAACGCUCAGCACCUUAAGGUCUCUGGGUUCAGUCUAUAGGACACAUACAAGCAUGUUCUCCCCUUUUAUAAGCUAGCUGCCCAACCUGUGGGCUGAACCCCACCCCCUUUGUCUCGCCUGCUUCACAUUUUAUUGUAAUUAUUAGAUAAAUAUUUUAAUCAUCAAUAUGCUCCAUUGCUCUAAGUGAAGCUAACAAUCUAGAGCAAUGUUUUGUGUAAAUAAGCUUGGUAUUUACUAUUUAAAUUGGGCCUGGUGUCCUACCUUUAAGCACCUUACAGUUACAAAGCUGUUACAUUUGUAAAUCUCUCUGUAAAAUAAAGUAAUAUGAUGUCUGAGACCUUA